CUCAACAGGCUUGUGCAUGAGAGGAAAGGGAGGAAAAGAGGGCCUUUUCCAGUCCACUUCCAACCUAACCCACAGGAAGAGCACUGGUUUACUUGGAGCUUUUGAGGCACCUACAAACUAUCAUUGUUGGAGGUUCAUACAACUCAGUAUCCUGUGUUACAGUCACUGUCUCUGAAAGAAACAACUUUGGGAAGACAGCUGACUAAUAGUUUGGGCAAGUUGAUUGCCUCAAAAGAAUGCUUUAGGUUGAAACCAAAACAGUCAUUGCAUUGCUCACGUAGUCACCUGCUUAGUCAGUGGCCCAAAUUGAAAUCAUUUUUGAGUAUUUAAAUCAGUUUUGGUGUGUCACAUACUCAACUAGAGCAUGCUUGUCUCCCCUUAUAGCUGGCAGUACAGAUCUCUAGACCAUGACAUUGGAUUUGGUGUUUUCUUCACUGAAAAGGACAAGACUGGUUCUAAAGCUGUGGAGGAAAUGAUUCCAACAGAGAGACGGGACUGUCACAUGAUUCCCGAGGAAGGAUCCAUUCUCUGUGAGAAACCAGGCAUCUAUAUUCUUCGUUUUGAUAACUCUUACAGCUGGACAAGAAACAAAAAAAUUUUGUACAAUGUGGAAAUUUCUACAUCUACAGAUAACUCUCCUGGGAGGUGACUCAAUGUGGAGUAGUGUCUCCUAUGGAGUCAAGUUGUAACAGUCUGUCAAAUAAUUAUUGUACAGUAAAUACUUGAAUUACGACACUCACACAAAACAGAGGAAAGCAGGGGAAGGUUCACUUGCUUUCCCCACAUUUUGAGAGCGACUUAAGUUAGUCAAAAGAUUUUUAAUGGAAUAGUAAUUUUUUUACAAUUGCUCUUCGUUCUGUAGUAAGGGUUUUCUUCCUUGUUUUAUUUAGCCUUCGUAAACAGAAGUCUGCAAACAGACUUGGCCCAAAAAAAUUCCACACAGACAAGGUUUGCUUAUCUAGGAGGAUCAGGGAUUUUGUUGUUUCAUGAAGAAUUUCCCUGAUCAUCUGGUAUAAUCAGGUAAAAUCAGGUAAAGAGAGAACGAACGGGCUUUUCAGCCAAAGUAGUGUCCUCUUGAUACAGCGUAGGAAAAGUGAAAUCCCUGAUCAUCUGACAUUUUCAUGUCACAUGAAAACCAAACUUAUGUAGAUGAGAAAACCAAUUCAGACACUGUACAGAUCUGUAGAGCUAUGAGUCACACCUCAGGUGUCUCUUGGCAGAAAAACAGUUGAGACUGUGAUGAAAGAGAAGCAUUUGUUUCCUUGGGAUAUCUUUUAUUGCUUUGUUAUACAGCAGAACCUUUUCGUGAGAUCCCAUACUGUGUCUUGACUAACCUGAAUGUGUUUUUAAAAGACAAUAACAGAAAAAAAUCCUUUUUUAUGGACUAUGAGAGCUCACUAAGCCCUAUGUUUUAAUUUAAACAGGUGUUAAAUCAGGAAUUUAUACCCAGUAAAUAUUAUUUAUUUUGUUUUUCUUUGAGUGAAACAAUAUAGAUUCCUAGUUUAGGUUAAGUGGCUUAUGUAGAAUAGCUUUGCUUAUUGCGUGCUACCAAGGACAAUUAUCUUAAUUUGUGAAAUAAAGUUGUUGUUGUCUGUAUUAAUUUA